AUGGAACUUUUGUUUUUGCUGCUGCUUUUGCCUCUUGUCGUGGAGACUAUGUUGGAAGGUCGCUCCUGCGUGCUACCGAGGUUGUUUCCCAGUUCUUGUCAGGCAGAUACCAACUGGUCUUUCAUGACAUACCUGCCGGACUUGGACACAAAGAAUGGCAAGCGCCCUAAAGAUGUCGAUGACGAAGAAGAACCUCAACCGAGGAAGAUUAAUAGGAGAGUGGAUCCUUGCCAUCAAGGCGAGACAACCCAAUUUCUUUUUCAACAGCAAUCCUGUCACGCUGAUGAUUUUGUUCUUCCACAAAUCGAUGAGGAUCAGAGCAAGAAUUGCGUGUCUUUGAGUAAUUUCCAAGGAGUUGAAAAGGCUGAAACAUUUUCUAUCCAGUUACUGGAUGAAGAUGAGCAUAACCGAGCUGGGAAUUCAUUGGUGCUGUCCAGUUACCUUCAAUCUAAUAACCAGGAGGAGGAUCAGUCCGGGGAUUCAUCAGAUUCCAGUGGUCAGCAAUCUGUUGAACAGCAAAUGGAGCAGGAGGCCCCUGAUGAGCAGGAAGAGCGUCAUGGUGGUGAUUCAUCGGAUUCCGGUUCUCUUUUGCCCCGAAUGAACAGGGACAGCUCAAUAGCCUGUCUCAGCCGCUGUUCGAGGUCCGAUUAUGGUUCUCUGGCCUCACUUAAUAGGAGCUUUCGGAACACAAUCCGAAGUGGUGAGCUGUAUAGGUGGAGGAGACUGAGUGGCAUAGUAGAGCACUGGAUUUAUUUUUCCUGUGCCCUCCUCGAAUGGGAGGCCUAUGAUCCAAUCCGCCAAAGGUGGAUGCAUUUACCAAGGAUGGCUUCUAAUGAAUGCUUCAUGUGUGCAGAUAAGGAGUCUUUAGCUGUAGGUACUGAACUUAUUGUAUUUGGCAGGGAUCUGAUAUCUCAUGUCAUUUACAGAUACAGUCUUCUGACUAACUCAUGGUCAUCUGGAAUGAGGAUGAAUGCUCCAAGAUGCUUGUUUGGAUCUGCCAGCCUUGGGGAGAUUGCUAUUUUGGCUGGUGGCUGUGAUUCGGAUGGUCGUAUCCUUGACUCAGCUGAACUGUACAAUUCUGAGAAUCAAAGCUGGGAAGUACUCCCUAGCAUGAAUAAGCCCAGGAAGAUGUGCUCUGGGGUAUUUAUGGAUGGAAAGUUUUAUGUUAUUGGGGGAAUUGGUGGAAAAGAUUCUAAGCUUCUUACAUGUGGUGAGGAAUACAAUUUACAAACUAGAACAUGGACAGAAAUUCCUAACAUGUCUCCUGGACGCAGCAGAGCUACCUCUGACAUGCCUGCGACCGUGGAGGCACCACCUCUGGUUGCGGUUGUAAAUAAUGAAUUAUAUGCUGCUGAUUAUGCUGACAUGGAGGUAAAAAAAUACAAUAAAGAGAGAAGAUUGUGGCAUACCGUUGGGAGACUGCCUGAGCGAGCAGUGUCGAUGAAUGGUUGGGGUCUUGCAUUCAGGGCAUGUGGUGAUAAGCUAAUUGUGAUUGGAGGUCUAAGGACUCAUGGUGAGGGUUAUAUUGAACUCAAUUCAUGUGUGCCUGGUGAAGGACCUCUACAGUGGAUUCUACUUGACAGAAAACGCUCUGGCAACUUUGUCUAUAAUUGUGCUGUGAUGGGAUGCUGA